UUGAGUUUGGUGUCGAUCGGUACCAUUGAAUUCCUUUGUAGUAAUGAUGUGUUUGGCGAUGAUACGUUGUGCUGGAGCUCACUGAGGGGUAUGAAGCCGUAUGCCACUGAUAGUGUGGGGGUAGGGCCCACGCCUCAGGGACCGGCUUUAAUGUUUUUCAUUUAAUUCGACGUUGAUCCGUGCAUCGAUCCUGGGGCUGUUUGUGGCCGAUGUCCGUCGGCUGAAAUAAGAAUGAGGAACAUGGAUGUCAAAUAUCAUGGAUGAUACUUUGUACGAUGUUCAAGUCAAAACAGUCAACGAUUGCAAUGGCAACAGAGACAGAAAAUGCACAAGCACUGCUGAAAACAUUCAGCACAGCAUCAGUCAUUUCGAGCAUUGGACUAGGAGUCUUCUGCUUCCUCUCUGAUCAGUGUUUACAAUUUUCAUUUAUACAGAGCAACUAUUGGCUUAGGGCUCUUUCAGACAAUGCAGUACAUGGUGCCAUUGGACUGUGGUCUUGGGCUAUUGUGAUUGGAUUGCGAAAGAAGAGUGAUUUUUAUGAAGUAAUUUUAGCUGGGCUUCUGUCCUCUGUCAUUGAUGCUGACCACUUUGUUGAAGCUGGAUCCUUGUCUCUGAAGGCUGCAUUGCAUCUCCCACAGAGGUCUCCGCUACAUUGUUCCACAGUGAUACCUGUAGUGGCCUUUUCAGUGAAACUUGCCAUGUGGAUAUUUAGACUUAAAGAUUCUUGGUGUUUUCUCCCAUGGAUGGUUACCAUUUCAUGGGUUUCUCAUCACAUCCGUGAUGGUGUCCGCCGCGGUCUUUGGUUCUGUCCCUUUGGAAAUACAGCUGCUGUGCCAUAUUGGACCUACAUAGCAAUUACAUCCUCAUUCCCACACCUUUGUUCUGUUCUCAUGUACAUGACUGGUACCAGAGAAACAAUGUCCAUGUCCCACGGAAUUGCAAUUGAUGUGUAACAACAUGUAAUGCUUUCCUUUUUAAAGGUACAGCACCCUGCACUGAAUUGUGUUAAUUUGGAAAUGCUAACUAGCAGUAUACUACUUGUGAAACUUCUGUGUAACAGGGGAAAAUACACUGUGUAAUACAUUCUAAAAUAUGUGCUACAUUCCAUUCACUGAAGCUGCUUAAUGUUUGUGUUUUUAAGAAAGUAGCUGUAAUAUUUUAAAUUUGUAUUCUUCAUUGCUUCUGUUCUGAACGUGAUCAAAUCUUCACACACACUAGUUUUCAGUUGAUCAAAUAAAUGUACUGUGAUUGUUAGUUAUAAUAGAAAUUUAUUUGUAUAAAGAUGUUAGUUUGUUGAAAAUAGAUGCUAUGUUGUGAUAGCAUUGAAUUAUCUAUAGCCAGUAUAGAAGUUGUGACUAUAAUUUAUGAUUAACAAUUGAUAGUUUAUAAACAGUGAACAACUUUGUUUAUAAUGACCCAAAAGAAUUCAUAAUUUCAAAUUAAAUUAGAUGGUGUUUUC